AAAUAAUGUCCAGUCUCUGACAUGGUUUGGGAGGGAAUGGAGGGCUAGUGUUGGGAUGUCCCAUCUUCCUAAUCUCUUCUUAUACCAUGUAUCAAACCUAUGGAAAUGCAAGAUUGAGUUAUUUUCCUCUCAGAGGAACAGGGAAACUGGGGAGAGGAUUUGGACUCUUGCUUUCCCCUGGAAAUGCCCUUGCUUCCUUGCUCUAGGCCAAGUUACAGCUAACUUUUCCUAUUGAGUUGGCUCUACUUUCCAAGAGCAAACACUUUGCAGAGAGGUGACUAAAACCCAGCGUGGCCUUUCUCUUGCCUGAUCAAAUCAGGAGGCUUGCUCUUAGCAGAUGUUUAAACACUUUAUUUGGAGCUCCAGAGCUUCAGUAGCAGAGCUGGGGAGAGCCUUCCUCACCUCAGUAUCUUUUAGCUUGCUGUUUAGAACUGGCUUUUCGGUGGUAGUCUGAUCUUUUAUUGCCACAGCAUAAGUGAGUUAUUUACAGUGCUCAGCGUCCACACACCUACACUGAUUUGGGGCCACCUUUUCACAUUGAGCGUGCUGGCAGGAGAUGAUCCAGAGGGAAAAAAUCCUCAACCGCACUGUAAUUUUAUUCAGAUUUCCCAGCAGCGCUCUGCUGAGUUGCUGCGUUUGUGUAUAACAGCUGUGUUAUAAAAAUGUGCAAAAUAAAAGGGACUUAAAAAGUGUCAGGAACAUGGGAAGUAGGAAAAGGAAGGUUUUCAGGGAUGAGGGAGUCUGUAAACAGUACUGGAUCUGUUACUGUUAGUAGUCUGGAAAGGAAUCUUGCCUCAUAUUAAAUAUUCAGGCUAAAAGGCAGUUGUGAGAAAAAAAGAAUUAAAAGAUGAAAAAUUCUUUUGGUGAUGGCAAAGAAGAGCUUUUUGCUUGCAUUUGUGUUUUCUGUUUUCAUUGGAGUAAACGUGCUUUUAUGUGAGAUUUAGGGAAGAGGGGAUUCAUUUCAACUUCUUACAUAUUGACUGAAUUGUGUGCCAAUUCCUUUUUUUUUUUUUUUUAAUUUUUAUUUUAUGCUUGUUUAUAUUUAACAGAUGAACCCUCUUACUCUCUGUCCUCCUUGUAGUAUAUGUACUGAGAUCCUGUGGUGACAUAGGCUGAUUUCCAGCCUGGCUGCAAAACAGGGAUUUAUUGACACUGAUGAUUUCUUUGUCCUUAAUGAAAGCUCAGCAAAGGUCACUCUGUUGACUUGUAUUAUGUCAGCUGCUUUUUGCAGUUUCCCCUAAGCAGCGUGGAUGCUUUCAGAAAAUUUCAGACCGUUCCUUGCGAUGUUUCUUUCCUUCCUCGGUGAUACCCGCGUACCACGUUGCUUUCCUAUCUCCUUUAAUUUGUGUGAGCAGUUGAAAUACUGAACCUUCAGAAACUUCUUGUGCCAAGUAACAUAUUAACUUGUUCUUGUUCCUUGUCAUUUUGCUGACUACAGAUGCCCUGGGUCUAUGAAUGUGGUUCAAAGCUCCUGUUCCGUGCACUUUCUUAAUAUUACUGAAUAGGAAACAUCAAUCCAUGAAGAAUACAGUAGACUGUAUUGUUAGCAUUUAUGCUUAGUGUGGACCAUACGUAAAGAUCAUAGUGGGUUGGGGAUUUCUGCAUUAUGGGAACUGUGAUAUCAUUCAGCUUUUCCUCUCUUUUGAAGAAAACCAGACUCUACAAUGUAUUAUUUGUACAGUAUCUUUAAAAGAUGCAGCUCUGAGGAGGGUGGACUGGCUCUGGCUUGAUCCAUCCUUAGCCUGCACUGGUAAAGGAGUUACAAACUUGAGUACAAUGGUGUGGUUACUAUCCACAUGUUUGUGUGACCUCAGCUGGGAUGGUUUUCAGUCCUUCCGUCCAGAAUUCCCAGGUGAUGUCUUUAUUUGUCCCUUUCUUCUCAUUCACUCCUCUCUCCCUCCUGUAUCCAAGGUGGUGUUGAGCUUUGGUGGUUCAGCUUUGCAUUUCUGUUGAGUCACAACUUGGACACUUCUAAGCUAGAGCUAAUGCUGCAUACUGGCUUAGAACAUCCAUGGGAAAUUGCAGUUGCAAGUCACUUGUGCCCAUGCUAAAUGACUUGAGCUGUUUCAGCAGUAACUCAGGAUUCAGAUCUGCAUCUGAAUCUUAAAGCAGCUAAGCUGGUUCUUACUUUUAAAUGUACGGAUGAUCUUACUAGUUUCACAAAAAAGGCAGCGCAGGAUGAUUACAGUCAUCUUUAGUAACCCUCAGUGGGACUGGAUCCGGUACCUUGCUGGAGGCACCUUUCAGCUCAUCUGGGGUGCUCUCAGUACCAAGACUUGAGCUUCCCAAGUUUAUAGCUGAGCUUCUUCAGCAAAUCUUUGGGUUUGUGCCUGGCACUUUGAUGCCUCCUACACAGUGCUCAAAUUAAGAAAUUUUUUACAAUGAGGAUGGCAAAACACUGGAACAAGUUGUCCAGAGAGGUGGCAGAUGCCCCAUCUCUGGUAACAUUCCAGGCCAGGCUGGAUGGAGCUCUGAGCAACCUGAUCUAGUUGAAGAUGUCUCUGCUCAUUGCAGGGGGGUUGGACUCGAUGACCUUUGAACAUACCUUCCAACCCAAGCUAUGAUUCUAUGAUAAUGCUAAGGCAGUAUGGGCUGUGGUGGCUCAUGUUGUCAGGAGUUGGCGGAGAAGUUGUGGAUCUCUUCCAAGUUGGAGCCCAGUUCCACUGUUGCAACUCCACGGUUGGGACCAAAAACGGAGAUAUUUCUCAUGAGCUUCCUUGAACAUGCUAAAUAGGGCUGGGAUUAAGUGCAGGUUAUAUAUGGUAAGAGUGGUGGGGAAAAAAGUUGUGAUGUCUGGCUGGAAAGAGUCCUACAGUGUAUCUUCUGAGAUACCAGAGUGGCAGUGUACUAAGGGUUAAAUUAGCUGAGUGUGCUUUUUGACAGACUGAGGAGGUUGUUCCUAGAUGGUGAAAUCAGCAGAGGAGGGGAAUUUCCAGAGGGACUGAAAUAAUUUCUUUUUAUGUUCAUUUUCAAGGAUUAAGCAAAAUUAAGGCAUUUAUUUAUAUUGGUGUGUCUUAAUGUUUCUUUUUAUAAUAUGUUUCUACAACAAUUAGUGAAAAUGAAAGUAAAACCUUACUUAUUCUGUCGUUCUGAAAAUUUGAUGUAGAUUUUAUUGUAAUAUGUAUUGGGUUCCCUUUCUCCUAGGACUCAUUAUAUCUAGUCAAGCUUAUUGUGCAUGCGAAUACAAUUUACGCUUUUUACACUGUUUGCAAAUAACUGAUUUUCUACUUGCAGAUGUACAUAAAAUCAGGCAGGGGGAUAAGUGGCAUUAUAUAGCAAAAACAAUAGUCAUGUUUGUGUUAGCCUAUAGGCAGCAGGAUCUGUGAUACUUGGAAUAAUGAAAGCACAGUUUAUGAUAAAUGUGGAGGAAUAUAUAGCUGGUUUAGAAUUGUGGUGGCUUCUGUGAAAGGCUACUUUUGUUUUCUGUAUGCCAGAGAAAGUGAUAUGGGUUAAAGGAAAGUACUUUUGCAUCAUUUUUCCAUGCUGUUAUUGCCCAAUAGAUCAUUUGCUAUUACUGUGUACUGCUAAAGAAGUAAUGAAAAGUUUCCUGUAAAUAAUAAUAAUUUGAGUGCCUAAGCUUUGUAAGGUUAGAUAUAAAAGCUCACUAAAGCCUGUUUGUUCACUUGGGUCAUAAUGUUGUGGUUAGAAGUUUCUUUUCUUUUAAGAAGAAGGUAUCAUUUAGCUAGAUUUAUAGAUUAUUUAUAGAUUCCUCUGUGGCUUUGGGGAGGGGGCAUAAGGGUGAAGGACAGCCUACUAUAUAGCUGUACAUCACUGCAUCACCAUAGUGCAACAUUCAUAAAACAGCUUUUGAAUGUCUGUUCCUGCAAUGGUAUCAGAUAAUUAGGAAACUCAUGUUACCAUAAAGUGUGACUUCUCUAAGGAGUGUUUGUGUGACGCUGCUGCAGUCCCUUGAAUGAUAUUAAAUCAUGAUGAAGAGUUUUGUAUUGAGUUGUUUGUUUUUAAAUAAAAAGUAAGAAAAUAUCUUUAUAGCUUUUAGUAAGUUUGCUGCCACAGCUUUUGGAUCUUAUGCAUUUAUUGUGUUUUUUGGUAUUGUAAUACCUACUGUAAAAUAUUGUUAUUUUACAGAAUAAUGAGUGACCUGGCACUAGUGGAAGAAUAUGCCAGUUCUCAGUGCAUACAGGGAACUUUUAAAAUCUGUUACGGUAGCUGUACCUCCAGUUUUCCUUCUACUUCAUGAGCUCACUAGGUAGCCUGCAUCUCCAACACUUCAUUUAUCCUGAUUUUACAUUGACGCUGUUAGUUGUUACUGACCUUAGAAGGUUACUGGAUCCUAAGAACUAGUACUCUUUGUUCGUACAUGUGGCUUCAAUCAUUGUAAUGGAGAUAGUUAUAAGCCCUUGCUGUAUUUCAACUCUGGUUCUCCCUGGACAGUUAGCUUAACCCCGCUUUUGAAAUAAGUCUCCAUUUGGAAGCUGAGGAGCUUCUGAUAUUUGCCCAGUGAUCCUUUGGAGUGAAGUUACUCUUCACUGUUUAGAGGGAGUGACUUAAAAUACUAUUAUUUCAUCUUAGUGGAGAGUUACAGUUUAUUUCCAAGCAGUAACCAAAAUAGAAGUUGUACUUAAAUAAAUUUCCAUACCUAUCCUCUCUUCUGAAAGAGCUGGUACAUCCCUGUUGACAUAGAUGGACCCACUUCAAUCACUUUCUGUAGGCAAUAUUAAACUAUAGAUUAUAUGGCUAUGUACUUUGUUUUCAGGCUGGCAUACAGGACAGUAGGAGUCUGGGGCAAGUUGGUUUCAGUCCCACUGUACUGGCAUAUGUGUGUAAUUUCUUAGUGGCAUUCUUAUCUUCUAGAACAGGGGUGUUAAACUCAUUUUCGCCAGGGGCCACAUCAGCCUUGCAGUUGCCUUCUAAGGGCCGAAUGUAAUUUUAGGACUGUAUAAAUGUAACUACUCUAGAAGUUGUGGCCAAGUAAUUACAUUUAGAGAAGUUACCCAGGAUUAUAUGGUUGCCUGUAAUGCUUUCAGACCUGCCGGAGGACAGAGAAAGCCAUGUUAACUGUUUAAGUCAGGCUACCAAAUAGCAAGGGCUGAGGUUGAACAGUCAUGAUUCUCAAAGCAUAUCCUGCUCUGUUCAUGCAUGUAGCUCUCAUUAACGCAAAUAUUUUCUUGUUAGGGUUGUGGCUACUCUUAUGAACCCUUUAACAGCUAAUUAAAGCACACUUAGGAAUUUGGGGAGCUUCUCCUGUUUGCAUAAUCUUGUGUUUCCUGAUUUCUUAGAAGGGUAGGAUCUGGUGACUUAAACGCUUGAAUGCUUUGCCAUCACUACUUAGGAAUUUGGGAAUACCACAAUCUAUAUGGGAAAAACAGCUGUUACAUUUCGUAGAGUGAGGGAGUAUGAGCCUGUGACAUGAUCCUCCCUAAUUAAAAUGCUUGGCACUGAGGAGAGGAAGAUGCCCUUCAUUUAUUUUUUUUUUUUUUGAGUUGCAGCCUACUGCAAAAACAAGGCAAAGUGAAACCUCCUGAACUAAGGCAGAUGUUAAUCCUCACCAGUGGCACUGAAGUCACCCAUGGGCUUUUCUAGGGGGCUCAGUCUGGAUGGGUACAUGUUAGACUUCUGGCUCUUCUGUCACAGCAGCCCUUAAUCAAAGGCAGUUUCAAGAAUUUUGAUCAAAACACUAGGCACCACACAUUUCGCUUCCUUAAAAACAUAUGGAUUUAAAUUCCUAGGCACCAACAUAUUCCCUUAGGUUCCUAAUUUUAGACACCUGUUUCUGUUAUUCUUUUGAGACGGUGGAUUUUUUCAUUUAUGUAUUGGUCACCUUAGUUGUAUAAAAAGAUUACGUUUUGUGCUCGCCUUUUUCCCCAGAAGUGAUACAGCGCACCUCUUUGUAAGCUCAUGUUAACCAUGUUUACCUUUGGUGCAGAUGAGUAAAUGAAAAUGUGGGCACUGUAGGCACGCAUCCCUCCAGUGAAGCUGUUUACAUUCUGUAGUUUAGGAUAUAUUUUUUUUCUUUGCUAUUGUACUGUGCAUUUUUUUUUGCCUGUUCUAAUUUGCCAUGACGUGGUCAGUGCUGUUUCCUUCCGGCUGCUUGUGAGCCUGUGCUAGAGAUAAGGAUACGUUUACAGUGCAUUUUUAACAAGAAGCUGAAGAAUUGCUUCAUGUAGGAACUCAGGAACUCUCUGCCUUGUACAAAAAAUUUAUUCACUGGUUUCAUCUCUUUGACACUGUGGAAAUCAAGAUCCAGACCAUUUUACUUGCAAAAUAACAACUUUGCUGAAUUUGAACUGUGUGUGAAGAACAAAGGUGAUACACUUGGGAUACCCUACAGCUGAGUAGUGCUAAGUGCUAUUAAGGUGGGAAGAACAACUCAGGAAAGGAUUUCCCUUGGUUUGUUUCCCUUCGAGAAGAGAAGAACCUGGGAACACUGAUGAUCUGAGAAAUACGAACACUGAUACUUGAUUCAUUUUGCGAUCCUGCUUUUCUGCCCAGCUGGACCUCAAUUCUUUCACAUUCAAGAACAUUUUUCUUCGUAUGUGGAGCUGAGACCUGGGAAUGCAUUAUUAUGGCAGCAGUUGUACAGCAGAAUGAGCUUGUGUUUGAAUUUGCCAGCAACGUCAUGGAGGACGAGCAGCAGGUAUGGGACAAUCUUGGUGAUCCAUCUAUCUUCCCUGCUGUCAUCGUGGAGCAUGUUCCUAGCGCAGAGCUCCUACACAACUACUCUGGCUUAACCUGCGUGGAUGAACCCAGUGACAUGAUCACUGAGAACUCUCUGGACGUUGCAGAAGAGCAAAUAAUAGAAGAUGAUGACAUCACCCUCACAGUUGAAGCAUCUUGUCAUAAUGGAGAUGAAACAAUGGAAACAAUUGAGGCUGCUGAAGCACUUCUCAAUAUGGACUCUCCUGGUCCUAUGUUGGAUGAAAAAAGAAUAACAACUAUGUUUGGUGCAACUGAAGAUGAUGAUAUGGUGGCUCCUAUUACGCACGUGUCAGUCACACUUGAUGGGAUCCCUGAAGUGGUGGAAGUUCACCAAACCCCAGACCCUUACGCUGAAUCACCAGAGACUCCAGAAUUUGAACAACCGAAGAAGAAAAAAGGGAAGAAGCCGAAACCGUCUCGUUCUGAGUCCCCUACUACAACUCCAAACAUAUCUGUGAAGAAGAAAAACAAAGAUGGAAAGGGAAAUACGAUUUAUCUCUGGGAGUUCUUACUAGCACUGCUCCAGGACAAAGCUACGUGUCCUAAAUAUAUCAAAUGGACUCAAAGAGAGAAGGGCAUUUUCAAACUGGUAGAUUCCAAGGCUGUGUCCAGGUUGUGGGGAAAACACAAAAACAAACCUGACAUGAAUUAUGAAACAAUGGGUAGAGCUCUCAGAUACUAUUACCAAAGAGGAAUACUGGCUAAAGUAGAAGGUCAGCGCCUAGUAUAUCAAUUUAAAGAAAUGCCAAAAGAUCUCGUCUAUAUCGAUGAUGAAGAUGCGAGCCCUAGCACCGAAUCAUCAGAUUCAACUCUGCUCUCAACUCCUGUGGCCAAUAGAAACCAGUCGAGCAGAUCUCGAGCAUCUGCAAACGCGGGAACAAAGGGAGGAUCAACCACAAUGCUAAAAACAGGAAACUUGAAGCCGGCUAAGCUGAAGGAGCACGUAGAAGUUGUGCAGCAGCAGACACCUGGCUUGACUUCAGAAGUUUUGAGGACAAUGCAAUCUCCGCAGCCAGUACAUCCCACGCAGCUUUUUCGGACAGUUCACGUAAUGCAGCCGUUGCAGUCCCUCACGGAAGGACACGCGGCUGUAACCAGUAAUGUUCCAGACGAAACAUUAAAUCCCUCUGUUCAGAAUAUAAGGACUUUACAGACUCCAACCCAAGUUCCGGUGGUUGUUUCUCCUGGAAACCAGCAGCUGCACACUGUAACACUCCAGACGGUGCCUCUUACUACAGUGAUAGCCAGCACAGACCCAGCCUCAGCAACAACGCCCCAAAAAUUCAUUUUACAAGCCAUUCCUACUUCACAACCCAUGACGGUUCUUAAAGAAAACGUCAUGCUGCAGUCUCAGAAGCCAGUCUCGCCUCCUUCCUCGAUUGUGCUGAGCCCGGCACAAGUGCAGCAGGUGCUCACCAGUAGCGUGCAGACAGUUUGCAAUGGAACAGCCAACAUGGCUUCAUCUCCAUCCUUCAGUGCCACCACCCCUGUGGUGACAUUUUCGCCUAGCAGCUCGCAGGUGGUAGCUCACCCAUCGGGCACGGUGAUCACUUCAGUUAUUAAAGCACCAGAGACGAAACAGGUUGGCGUGCAAGGAGCAGUAAAAGAAGACGACGGUGACAAAUUAGAUGAGACGGAGCAGCUGGAGCAGAGGUUCCAGCAGCAGCCCUUUGUGAUGGUAGUGUCCAGUUCAAAUGGUUUCCCAUCUAACGUGCAAGUGAAGCAAGAAGAUGAGCCAUUGGAACCCAAUUCAUAUUAAUAAAGAGUUUUUUAAAAAGACCCUGUGGAUGAUUAUUUUCAUAAAUGUGAUGGGACCUUUUCAGUUCUGUAUAUAUGAUUUGAUUCUGAAGCAAGAUGUUGCAAAGCUACAUAAUUUCUGCAGUUAAUUGUUAGAAUUCAUGCUUUAGAAUGGAUUUUGAUUUUCUGUUAAUUGCUAAAUGUUAUCAUAUAAAUAAAAUUGUAUGUUACUCAUGUUUCAAAAUACAGGCAUGAAGGAACAUGCUUUUUAUGCUAUUAAGACUUUCUCCUGAGGUUGUUGGCCAAAGUUUCAAACUCAUUUCUUACUGUAUCUUUUCAGUCUCUUGCCAAUUUACAUUGCAGUAAUGUAAUUAUAACCUUUUCUGUUUAAUCCGUACGUGUAUCAAUUAACUUUUGAAGCAACAGUUACUUUUAGUGGGACAUUUUCAUUCCAUGUGUAUGAAUUUUUAUGAUCAAGUAUGGGUUUCAUACUGGUGAAUUACACCAGUUUUAGACUUUGAUAGCCAGAUAUCCUUUUGCAUUUUUUGCAGCACAAGCUCUUGUGUGUGCAAAAUGGAAUAUACACUCCUAUUGAGAGUACACAAAACAUUUAUUCCAGUAAUGGACAAUGCUAUGUCUAUAUUUUAUAUGAAAACAUCGGAUAUAUUUAAUUAUAGAAGCUAACAGCAUCACUACAGGUGCAAACUUUUCAUGCCAUUUUGCAACUAUGAAGCUUAACAAUCUUGCUUUCUACUUCAGAUUAUUUUUUAAGGGGGGGAGGGAAAUGAAAUAUAUACAAUUUAUGCAGAUAUUUGGAGAUUAAUACUGCUAAGAGUGCUUUUUUUGAUUGUAAAUAAUGUACAUUCAAUGUCAUGAGGAAGUUUUUUCAGCUAAUUUGUUUCCAUACAAAUUUUUGAUAGAUGCAAAUAAGAUCAUUAUGUUUAGAGUUAUAUGUAUUCGUAUUACAGAGUGAAUUUGUAUUUAAAGACAAAUUUUUAAAUGAUGGAGCCCUCUGAACCUUGGGUCCUUGUCUUUUGUAUUUUUAAUUGGUUUAUUAUGAAAAUAAAUCAAGUGGAAAAACA